UUCCAAUGAGGCUUUUACAUGUUCUUCUGCUAUUCACAUUUUUGGAAGUGCUUUUUGGAUUUGUACUCGACACCGGUGGUGGAUAUUAUGGCUCAGGAUCCUACUCUGAUUCCUCCGAUGAUUACAGUGGGCGACGUGGUGGUGGGCGGCAUAGGCCUCCAAGACCCCCAAGGCCCCCAAGGCCACCCAGGCCAACACCUAAGCCAGUAGAAAACAUGGAAACUCUUCAUGGGCCAUUUGGGCCCGGUGUGCGUUAUCCGAUUCCUGGAGGAUAUUGGGCUACAGGCAAGGUCCUCCGAUUUUAUGGUGUUCCUGGACGAGGUAGAUGGUCGAUUAACCUGGACCGAGAAAAGGAGUGGCUGUUUCAUUUCGCGUCACAGCCUGAUUUAAGACGUGUUGUCAGAACCCGUCAUUUGAAUGGAAAGUUCCUCCUCGGUGACACAUAUGGUGGAAACCCAUUUCCAGCUGGUGCUAAUUUCAAUGUGACUAUGAUCAAUCAGCCAACGCAUAUUGAGAUUUAUGUCAAUCAGGUUUUCUUCACAAACUACAAUCAUCGAACUCCCAAUCCAUCGAGAAACUAUCAAUACGUCGUUUUCUCCGGAAAUGUCAUUAUCUCGAAAAUUGAAGUUACUAGAUAAUUUGUUUAACUGAAUGAAAGAUUUGUUGCCA